UCAGGUCCCAGGUGCGUCCGGACCCCGGAGGCACGGCUCGCAGAACGUUGACAGCCCGCGAGGUUCGGCCUCGGCCCCCGGUACCCUUCGUCCAAGCUACACCCACUCCUGGCCUUCCCCCCAAGUCCGAGGGAGAGGUUGUGCCUUUUUAGCCAAGAAGCAUGGAGGUCAUUCACGGCAGGCCCUACUGUUGCAGGGAGCUGGAAGGCGCUGACAUACUGUCCAACACCUUUUACUCUAAUGAGUUGCACACCCCCCUCCAAAUGGCUAUUCGCCCAACUGCCUCAGAGGACAGGUAUCAGGAAUUAAGGGAGUCACUUCAACAAUGUAGGCUUCCUUGGGGAGCUGAAAGAGAAUAUGGUGGGAUAAUACCGAUUUCACUCCCUGAGGAUCACAGGCCAAAGUGUGAGCCUCCUCGUGUCAUGGGCAAAGGACAUCAGCAUUAUGGAUUUGGUGGAGAAACCUGGCCAAGAAAGGUUCCUAUUGAACAAUUUUAUUAUUUGACCCAGAACAAAAAGAGUGAUGUCUAUGGAAAUGAUUCUUUGAUACCCAAGCCACCUAAUUCAACAGUAGGCGAGACCUGCUUGCCAUAUCCAAUUGAACACCCCUACCACACACACACCUGUCGCGGUGCCAUGUUCCCCACCUUCAGGUCACCUGAGGACCUCUACACCGGCAUUAAAGCCCGCACCCAGCAGCCCUUUCCUCCCACGGUGCCAACCAAGGCUUAUGAUUCAACAGUUUUGAAGACAAGAGGUAAUCCUUACAGAUACGAACUGCUUGAUAUUCCCAUGGAUUCAAAGAAGAAAGCGCUGACUUGGCCAGGUCAGGGUGUAUAUUAUGAUUUUCCUAGAGGUGUAGAGAAAAAUAAGCCAGUAUUCUACCCAAAACCUCCGAAAACCUUCGCUCCUAACACUUCUUUAAAUUCGUGGGACCCUAUUUGCUCUGCAAAAGAAGCCAACAUACAGAGAAAUCUGGAGCGGUCCCACUGGCUCACUUCGUACACUCAUGAUUUUACAGGUCUGGGGCCCAUGGACCCCCUUGAAUUGGAUGAUUACCAUGAAAAGAUGGUAGCAGAGUUAUCAGGACAGAUAGGAUUUGACCCAGAGCCUCAAGAAAAAUUCCAUCCUGUCUUAAAAGCUCCCGGACCCUUGGAAGGACGAAUUGCCCGAUUAAUUCAGAACCAGCGUUCUCUGGAGGCUAUUGUCCAGGAAAGACCACGUUCUUGUCCAGAUUGUACUCCUAGAGUUUUGUGUAAUUUUCAUACCUUUGUACCCAGUUCUAAAGAAAUGAUGGCACUUAGUGAUAACACACCAGCCGGUAUGACCCAUAAAAACCAGGAUAUUGAAGAGAAGAUUAUAGAAGAACAGAGCUUGUUGUCUGCCUAUGAACUCCCAUCUUUUUACCCAACAAAAGAUCUGACUAGCACUUAUGACAUAAAGCCAUUUCCAAAAAUCACAGAUACUAAAAACACAGAAGAUUUAUACUGGAGACAGCUGUCAUUAAAAACCCAUCCCACACCUUACUGUAAACCAAACCACUGGAUUCACUAUGAAAAUCUUAAAUCUCCCCUACAUGAUCAGUAUGAUAUGUGUCCAAACCCUAUUAGCCUCAGUAAACCUAGUAUUUUACAAAAUAAACAAGACAUGGAAGCUUUCACUUUAGAACAUUUUUUAAGUAAGCCAGAAGAAGAGUUGGUCUUGAACAUGGAUAACAAUGAAGAAACAAGACCUAUUCUUGGUUGGAUUCCUAGAGCUGGAGUGGCCAAGCCUCAGACCAACCUGCUGGAGCUUAAGAACUCUUUUUCAAAAACUGAUGCACACAAGCGUUUCCAUAAAUCGAUUCUAGAAAACCAUAAAGACCUCAGGGAGAAGGAGCAUUCAGGGAUGAAACACCAAUUCUAUGGCCAUAAUUCCUAUUAUUUCUAUAAUUGACAUACUCAUUCUUCCCUUCAAAAACCCAGCCACUUGCAAGAAACUAAAAAAUAUAACAGAAUUUCCUUCAUAUUACUGGAUUCUGUUUUCUAGAUUAAGCCACAAGGACCUUGUUAAUGAGGUUUAUGUUUUCAGGAAUUGAAGUUACUAUCUGGUUAGAUGAAUCCAGAAAAGGUGAUGUCUGACUUCUUGAAAAGUUUAACAAUAUGGCAAUAAAAUACUAGAACUAGAAAAA